AUGAGAGAAGAGUCAUUGGAAUCGAUUUGUUCGGCACUUUCAAUCAGCUUCGGUGAAGACCCGAUUCAUUUGGAAUCGAUUAUCGAUCGAUUUUCAGAAAUCUUUAAAAUCAGAGAUCAUCUCGGUCAGCUGCGAAAAAAGUGCGAAAAAUUUCAAACAUUCACUCUUGAAAUACGGCCGAUUGGAGGGAAUGGGACAUCAGCGACAUGCCCAGAAAAUGUUUUUGCUUAUGUUCUUGAACCAGAAGCUUGCAGACAACAAGAAUUGAAAACCACAGGGAUCACAAAGUUGUAA